AAAAAAUAAAAAAAAAAGAAUGUAAGAAAAAUGGAAACCAAAAAAGCUCGUUGAAGUACUGAAUCAAGAAGGCAAACUCUAGUCAAAACCAUGAUUUUAAUGGGUCUUUGAUUUGAUUUUAUUUGUUUUAAUCUUUUAUGUCGGAGUUUAAUUUGGUUCUCGUAGCUCCGCUUCGGAAAAUCCUCGCCUCCCAUCCCAUCAGAUUUCUUUCUUUCUAUAUGGAAGAGGGGAAAUCUGAUCGGCUUCAAUUGUGAAUCCCCAGAGAGAGAGAGAAAGAGAGAGAGAGAGAGAGAUUGAAUUUUCUCUUAUUGCCCAAUUUCAUCUUUCGCUUCCGCUGAAUCUGAAUUCGAUUCAGAAAGGUUCAAUCUUUUUGCCUCUUCUUAGGGUUUUUCGAGUUCUGAAUUUCUUUCUGUCAAAUUCCGUUCCCAUUCAGGGUUUUGAGAGGUUUAGUUUGUUUAAGUCCUGCAAUUAGUUCAAUUUUUCUUCAAAACCUCAGGGCUGGCUGGAAUAAGAUCCCUGUAGCGUUAUUUAUGCACUGUUCUGUUCUUUCGAGUUCUGCGAAUCAAUCACUGAAUUAUUUCCUAACUAAAUUACCCUUUCUAGAACUGGGGUGGUUCUGUUUUCCGUAAAGUUUGAUCCUUUCCUUUGGUUCUGGGUUCUUGACCGAUUCUUGUUUCAUUUCGAAUUCAAUGGCUAAUCCACAACCGAGUUCUCAACCUGAGAAAAGCCCCAUUCCUCGCCCUUCAAUUUCACCUGGCGGACCAAAGUUUCCUCCUCCAAUUUUUCAACAAGAUCAAGCUCUUUCGCCUGCAAUUAGAUCACCAAAUGUAGCAGCGUCGUCCCCUUCCAAUGGAGUCAAAACUGGCAGCCCAAUCACUCACUUGAGCACUCCCCCUGGCCCUCCUGUUUUCACUUCACCUGUCCGGCCGGCUGCUGUGCCUUUUCGCGCGUCGCCGGCGACUCCUCAGCCGCUUGCUUUCUCUUCCGGCUCAUCAUCUAUCCCCUUAUCUUCUCCUCCCCAUUUCCCGAAUGGGGCGGUCGAUUUUCAGCACCAAGUCUCGGAUGCUAGAGAGGAUUCAGUUCCUGUCGUGGAAUCACCAUAUGUCUUAUUCUCUGCUCAUAAGGUUUUGAAGCAGAAAAAACAAGCAAAUGUUCCAAGUUUGGGUUUUGGGGCGUUGGUUUCUCCGGGUAGGGAGAUUUCGCCAGGUCCCCAAAUAAUACAACGCGAUCCACAUCGAUGCCAAAAUUGUGGAGCUUACGCAAAUGUCUAUUGCAAUAUAUUAAUUGGUUCAGGCCAGUGGCAGUGCGUAAUUUGCGGGAUAAUGAAUGGAAGUGAAGGUGAAUAUAUUGCUCCCAGCAAGGAAGAUCUUCGUAAUUUUCCGGAACUGGCAUCUCCUUCAGUUGAUUAUGUUCAAACUGGGAACAAGAGACCUGGGUUUGUUCCUGUUUCUGAUUCAAGAUCAUCUGCACCUAUUGUUCUCGUCAUAGAUGAAUGCUUAGAUGAACCACACCUUCAACAUCUACAGAGUUCCUUGCAUGCAUUUGUUGAUUCACUACCUCCAACGACCAGAAUUGGGAUCAUCUUGUAUGGUCGAACAGUUUCGGUUUAUGACUUUUCAGAGGAAUCAGUUGCGUCUGCUGAUGUUCUUCCUGGUGAGAAAUCACCAACUCAGGAGUCCUUGAAGGCUUUGAUUUAUGGAACUGGCAUUUAUUUGUCACCGAUGCAUGCCUCACUGCCUGUAGCACAUGCUAUAUUCUCAUCACUGAGGCCUUAUAAAUUGAACAUUCGUGAAGCUUCCAGAGAUCGGUGCCUCGGGACAGCAGUUGAGGUCGCUCUUGCUAUAAUUCAAGGGCCGUCUGCAGAAAUUUCUCGGGGAGUAAUUAAAAGGUCUGGUGGUAAUAGCAGGAUUAUUGUAUGUGCUGGUGGACCUAAUACUUAUGGCCCUGGAUCUGUACCUCAUUCCUUUAGUCACCCCAAUUAUCCUCAUAUGGAAAAGUCGGCAUUGAAAUGGAUGGAAAAUUUAGGUCGUGAGGCUCAUAGACACAGUACAGUUGUUGACAUUCUAUGUGCUGGUACGUGCCCCGUAAGAGUUCCUGUUCUGCAACCGCUGGCAAAAGCAUCUGGUGGUGUUUUGGUUCUUCAUGACGACUUUGGAGAGGCCUUUGGUGUCAAUUUGCAAAGAGCAUCUACCAGGGCUGCGGGUUCUCAUGGUUUGCUGGAGAUCCGCUGUUCGGAUGAUAUUCUCAUAACUCAGGUUGUAGGUCCUGGUGAAGAGGCACACGUCGACACUCAUGAAACCUUCAAAAAUGACACUUCUCUUUACAUCCAAAUGCUUAGUGUUGAAGAAACACAGAGCUUUUCGCUCUCCAUGGAAACUAAAGGAGAUAUUAAGAGUGAUUUUGUAUUUUUCCAGUUUACAAUUCAGUUUUCAAAUGUGUAUCAAGCUGAUAUAUCAAGAGUAAUCACUGUCCGAUUGCCAACUGUGAGUAGUGUUUCGGCGUAUCUUGAGAAUGUUCAAGAUGAAGUGGUGGCUGUCCUUAUUGCCAAGAGGACCCUCCUGCGAGCACAAAACUAUUCUGAUGCAAUGGAAAUGCGAGCAACAAUAGACGAAAGAAUUAAAGACAUUGCCGUGAAGUAUGGGACUCAAGUACCCAAAACGAAGCUGUAUCGGUUCCCUAAUGAGAUCUCAUCAUUACCAGAGCUCUUAUUCCAUCUUAGAAGGGGCCCUCUCUUGGGAAGUAUUGUUGGACAUGAGGAUGAGAGGUCUGUUCUACGGAACUUGUUUUUGAAUGCGUCGUUUGAUCUCUCACUUCGCAUGGUUGCACCUCGUUGUCUAAUGCAUCGGGAAGGAGGAACUUUUGAGGAACUGCCAGCUUACGACCUUGCAAUGCAGUCUGAUGCAGCUGUAGUUCUUGAUCAUGGUACAGACGUCUUCAUUUGGUUGGGUGCCGAGCUUGCGGCUGACGAAGGAAGAAGUGCAGCUGUCCUGGCAGCUUGCAGGACAUUAGCUGAAGAGCUGACAGAAUCACGAUUCCCCGCCCCUCGCAUACUUGCAUUCAAGGAAGGGAGCUCUCAAGCGAGAUACUUUGUUUCCCGGCUCAUUCCAGCACACAGGGAUCCUCCAUAUGAGCAGGAGGCAAGAUUCCCACAGCUACGCUCACUGACAACAGAGCAGCGGACGAAGCUGAAAAGUAGUUUUAUACAGUUCGAUGAUCCUAGUUUCUGCGAGUGGAUGCGAAGCCUGAAGACAAUGCCACCAGAGCCUAGCUAAAAGUGCUUUCAUGAAUGAUGUUGAUGCUCUUUAUCUUCUCUUAUAUUAAAUACAAAAUCAAAAACAAAAACUUGGAGGCUCAUUUUGCUUCUUACAAUCUCUUCCAGACCAUCCUUGUCUUCCCUUUUGUUUUCCCUUUUUCCCUUGUUUUUCUUCUCUCUUUUUUUCAAUGUAAUGAGAACUAUUGUAUCUCAAAGAUAUAAUGUUACAUGAGUAGGGGACCGAGA